UGGGUCCCACGAGGGAGGUGAAGAUAAGAGAAGGAUGCGAUAAGGGGUGCUGAUGGGGUCCUCUUGUGCUGACGGGGCCUCUUGUGCAGGUAUAUAAGGCCUGUGCUGUGGCCUCUGCAGCAUGUUGAAGACAUGGCCUUCCUCUGGAUCCUCUCCUGCCUCGCUUUCGUCAGCUCAGCCUUCGGCUGUGGCAUUCCUGCCAUUAAGCCAGUUGUCACUGGCUACUCCAGGAUUGUCAACGGUGAGGAGGCUGUGCCCCACUCCUGGCCCUGGCAGGUGUCCCUCCAGGACUACACUGGCUUCCACUUCUGUGGCGGCUCCCUUCUGAAUGAGAACUGGGUUGUGACCGCUGCCCACUGCAAUGUGAGGACCUCCCACCGCGUCAUCCUGGGUGAGCAUGAUCGCUCCUCCAACUCUGAGGACAUCCAGGUGAUGAAGGUCGGCAAGGUGAGUAGUCAUCCCCGUUGGAACAGCUUCACCAUCAACAACGACGUCCUGCUGAUCAAGCUGGCCUCCCCCGCCCAGCUCAGCCCCCGCGUCUCCCCCGUCUGCGUCGCCGAGACCAACGACAACUUCAAUGGCGGCAUGAGGUGUGUCACCUCCGGAUGGGGACUCACCAAGCACAAUGCCCCCGACACCCCUGCCCUGCUCCAGCAGGCCUCCCUGCCCCUGCUGACCAACACCGACUGUAAGAAGUACUGGGGCAGCCGCAUCUCUGACCUCAUGAUCUGCGCUGGAGCCUCUGGAGCCUCCUCCUGCAUGGGUGACUCUGGUGGCCCCCUGGUGUGUGAGAAGGCUGGAGCCUGGACCCUGGUUGGCAUCGUGUCCUGGGGCAGCGGCACCUGCACCCCCACCAUGCCCGGAGUCUACGCCCGUGUCACCGCCCUCCGCUCCUGGAUGGACCAGACCAUGGCUGCCAACUAAACACUGCCAUGGCAAAGGCCACUUUCAUGACCACACCAUCGUCGCCAAUGAAAUGCCGCCAUGA